UCACACAGGGACAUCACCCUACAGCAGUUCAGGCUGUGGUUCGCAGGAAGCAUACACUGGCCUUUUGGUUCUUACUAGUUCUCAGUUCACAUUCGGAGGAGAUCUAACACCAGCCUUGACGUCAAGGUGGGCCAAGGACAGUGAGGAGCCGGUGGUCCCAGCUGGGAGUCCCGCCAGCCUGCCAUGGGAAUCUUUCUGAAGGCCAGGGCCUUGCAGCAGUCACCAGGAAAGUGGUGAUCCAGACAGGACCAGGCUGCCCUGACGGGACAGAGAAAUGGAGGCAAACGACCAUUUUAACUUUACUGGCCUUCCCCCUGCGCCUGCUGCCUCAGGACUGAGACCCUCUCCCUCAGGGGAGGGCCGCUACACUAACGGGUCCCCCAUGAACUUCCCCCAGCAAGGGAAAAGUUUGAAUGGGGAUGUGAAUGUUAAUGGCUUAUCUACUGUAUCUCACACUACUACUUCAGGGAUUUUGAACUCUGCUUCCCACUCCUCCAGCACCUCACACCUCCAUCACCCCAAUGUGGCCUAUGACUGUCUCUGGAACUACUCACAGUACCCAUCUGCCAAUCCUGGCAGCAACCUCAAGGACCCACCCCUUCUCUCCCAGUUCUCGGGGGGACAGUACCCACUCAACGGCAUUCUUGGGGGCAGCCGACAGCCUUCAUCCCCAAGUCACAACACUAACCUUCGAGCUGGGAGCCAAGAGUUCUGGGGCAACGGCACCCAGAGCCCGAUGGGGCUUAACUUCGACUCACAGGAACUGUAUGAUUCCUUUCCUGACCAGAAUUUUGAGGUGAUGCCCAAUGGACCCCCAGGUUUUUUCACCUCCCCACAGACUUCUCCUAUGUUGGGAUCUAGUGUCCAGACCUUUGCGCCUUCCCAGGAGGUAGGCAGUGUGAUCCACCCUGAUGAGGCAGCAGAAAAGGAGCUGACUUCGGUCGUGGCAGAGAACGGCACUGGCUUGGUAGGCAGCCUGGAGCUGGAAGAAGAGCCACCAGAACUAAAGAUGUGUGGCUACAAUGGUUCUGUCCCCUCUGUGGAGUCAUUACACCAAGAGGUCUCAGUCCUGGUUCCUGACCCCACAGUAAGCUGUUUAGAUGACCCUUCACACCUUCCUGAUCAACUAGAAGACACUCCGAUCCUCAGUGAAGACUCUCUUGAGCCCUUUGACUCUCUUGCACCAGAGCCAGUGAGUGGAGGACUUUAUGGUAUAGAUGACACAGAACUGAUGGGUGCAGAGGACAAGCUCCCUCUUGAGGAUAGUCCUGUGAUCUCUGCCCUUGAUUGCCCUUCCCUCAAUAAUGCCACUGCCUUCAGUCUCCUGGCCGAUGACAGCCAAACCUCAGCUUCUAUCUUUGCCAGCCCUGCUUCUCCACCCGUCUUAGGGGAGUCUGUUCUGCAAGAUAACAGCUUUGACCUGAAUAAUGGCAGCGAUGCUGAACAGGAAGAAAUGGAGACUCAGGGUUCAGACUUCCCACCAACCCUGACCCAGCCACCCCCUGAGCAGUCAUCCACGAUUCAAAUUCAGCUACAUCCGGUAGCCUCACCAGCACUCUCACCAACAGCCUCCCGGGCAGCCUCCCCGGAUGUCUCCCUGUCAGUUUCUCCAGCAGCUUCUCCGCGUCUCUCCCCAGCGGCUUGCCCAGUGGUCUCACCCAGCUCCUCAGCAGUCCUCCCAGCAGUCUCUGCGGAAGUUGCCUUGACAGUUCCAGUGAGCUCCCCAAAACCCUGCCCUGUAACUUCCCCAGCUUCUGCCUCCCCAGCAAAUAAAGAUGUCAGCAGCUUCCAUGAAGACCUGGAAGAGAUCACGGGAGAAGCAGUGACUACUUCUGGUAGUGCUGAUGUCCUGAGGAGACGCAUUGCUACUCCAGAAGAAGUUCGUCUUCCCCUCCAACAUGGGUGGCGGAGAGAGGUGCGCAUCAAGAAGGGCAGCCAUCGAUGGCAGGGGGAGACCUGGUAUUACGGCCCCUGUGGGAAGAGGAUGAAACAGUUCCCAGAAGUGAUCAAGUACCUGAGCCGCAAUGUGGUACACAGUGUGCGUCGUGAGCACUUCAGCUUCAGCCCUCGCAUGCCUGUUGGAGAUUUCUUUGAAGAGAGAGACACACCAGAGGGCCUACGGUGGGUUCAGCUCUCAGCAGAAGAGAUUCCAUCCAGGAUUCAAGCAAUUACUGGCAAACGGGGUCGACCUCGAAACAACGAGAAGGCAAAGAGCAAGGAAGUCCCCAAGGUGAAACGGGGCCGAGGUCGGCCCCCCAAGGUCAAAAUCCCCGAGCUAAUCAAUAAGACAGACAACCGUCUCCCAAAGAAACUGGAGGCCCAAGAAACAUUGACUGAGGAAGAUAAAGCAAAGAUGAGUAAAAGCAAAAAGAAGAUGAAGCAGAAGGUACAGAGGGGAGAGUGUCAGGCUCCUACCCAAGGGCAGGCCAAAAACAAGCGGAAACCGGAGACCAAGAGCUUAAAACAGAAGGAUGCCAAGAAGAAACUGAAGGCUGAGAAAGAAAAGAUAAAGAUAAAGCAGGAAAAACUGAAGGAAAAAGUGAAGAAGGAAAAGAAAGAGAAGGUAAAAAUGAAGGAGAAGGAUGAGGUGGCCAGAGCCAAGCCAGCUUGUAAAACAGAAAAGACCCUGACUAGCCAGAGACGCCUGGAGGAACGGCAGAGGCAGCAGAUGAUCUUGGAGGAGAUGAAGAAGCCCACAGAGGAUAUGUGUCUAGCUGACCACCAGCCCCUGCCUGAGUUCACACGCAUCCCUGGUUUGACGCUGCCCAGUAGGGCUUUCUCAGACUGCUUGACCAUUGUGGAAUUCCUGCACAGCUUCGGCAAAGUGCUGGGCUUUGACCCUACCAAAGAUGUGCCUAGCCUGGGGGUCCUGCAGGAGGGACUCCUGUGUCAGGGUGACAGCUUGGGCAAGGUGCAAGACCUGUUGGUACGGCUCCUAAAGGCUGCGCUGUAUGAUCCUGGGUUGCCGUCCUACUGCCAGUCUCUAAAGAUCCUGGGGGAGAAGGUGUGUGAGAUCCCACUGACGAGAGACAACGUGUCUGAGAUCCUGCGCUGCUUCCUCAUGGCGUACGGCGUGGAGCCCUCCCUCUGUGACAGCCUGCGCACUCAGCCUUUUCAGGCCCAGCCGCCCCAGCAGAAGGCUGCUGUCCUGGCCUUCCUUGUGCACGAGCUCAACGGCUCCACCCUCAUCAUCAAUGAGAUUGACAAGACCCUGGAGAGCAUGUCCAGCUGUAGGAAAAGCAAGUGGAUUGUUGAAGGCCGGCUCCGGAGACUGAAAACUGCUCUGGCUAAGCGAACUGGGCGGCCCGAGGUAGAGACGGAAGGGCCAGAGGAAGGCCUGGGACGGAGGCGCAGUUCUAGGAUCAUGGAAGAAACCAGUGGCAUGGAAGAAGAGGAAGAGGAGGAGAUGAUAGCAGCUGUGCAUGGCCGAAGGGGUCGAAGAGACGGAGAGGUUGAUGUUGUAGCGUCUAGCAUCCCGGAGUUAGAACGCCACAUAGAAAAACUCAGUAAGCGUCAGCUCUUCUUUCGUAAAAAGCUACUUCACUCAUCUCAGAUGCUUCGAGCAGUCUCCCUGGGGCAAGAUCGAUACAAACGCCGCUACUGGGUGUUGCCGUAUUUGGCUGGUAUCUUUGUGGAAGGAACAGAGGGGAGUCUAGUUCCUGAAGAUAUGAUAAAGCAGGAGACUGAGUCCUUAAAGGUGACGGUCCAGCCAGUGCCCACUCCUGCUCUCUUCUCUGUGAAGAGAGAGUUAAGUGGCUCCAGCAUCUCUGUCAAUUCUCCUGCCCGGACUCGAGGCCGACCUCGAAAAACUAAGCCUGGGUCUAUGCAGCCCAGGAGCCUAAAGUCCUCUCUCAAGGGCCAGGAUUCAGAACACCACCAGUCCCAGCUUCAGCCCAAGGCGCAGCCCCAUUUUCAGCCUCAGGCUUCAAUGCAGCCCCAGCCCCAGCCCGAUCCUCAGUCCCAGCCUGAUCCUCAGUCCCAGCCCGAUCCUCAGUCCCAGCCCCAGCCCCAGCCCCAGUCCCAGCCCGAUCCUCAGUCCCAGCCCCAGCCCCAGCCCCAUGAUGAGUUCCUGGAGCCAGAGGUCUCCCCUUUGUCUCUGGGUCAGAGCCAGCAUGACCUCAGCCAGUCAGCCUUCCUAUCUUGGCUGAGCCAGACUCAGAGUCAUGGCUCCUUGCUGAGUAGCUCGGUCCUCACACCUGAUAGCAGCCCAGGAAAGCUGGACCCAGCCCUCUCACACCCCAUGGAGGAACCUGAUAAGGUGGAGUCUGGCCCUGAUCCUCCAGCAUCCUGGUUAGACUUCUCAGGCCAGGUGCCCUGCAAUGCUGCCCCUACUCCACCUCCUGCAGUUUCUGAGGACCAACCCACUCCUUCCCCUCAGCUUCCUGCCUCCUCUAAGCCAAUGAACAGACCUAGUGCUGCCAACCCCUGUUCUCCAGCACGGUUCUCUUCUGCCCCCUUGACUGGGCCAACUCCUAAGAGGCGAGUAGCAGACUCUGGAGAAAUGCCACAGAGUCCCACAGGGCUGGGACAGCCGAAACGGAGAGGGAGACCUCCCAGCAAGUUCUUCAAACAGAUGGAGCAGCGUUACCUAACCCAGCUGACAGCCCAGCCUGUCCCCCCUGAGAUGCGCUCAGGCUGGUGGUGGAUCCGAGAUCCUGAUACGCUGGAUGCCAUGCUCAAGGCCCUGCACCCCCGAGGCAUCCGGGAGAAGGCACUGCACAAACACCUUCACAAGCACAGGAACUUCUUGCAGGAAGUCUGCUCACGGCCCUCCGCUGAUCCCAUCUUUGAGCCUAGUCAGCUACCUCCCGUUCAAGAGGGGAUUAUGAGCUGGUCACCCAAAGAGAAGACAUACGAAACAGACCUAGCUGUGCUUCAGUGGGUGGAGGAUCUGGAACAGCGGGUUAUCCUGUCUGAUCUGCAGAUUCGGGGCUGGACGUGUCCUAGUCCAGACUCUACUCGUGAAGACCUGGCCUACUGUGAGCAUCUGCCUGACUCCCAGGAGGAUAUCACCUGGAGAGGUCGCAACAGAGAAGGACUGGCACCUCAGCGUAAAAGUACCAACCCUCUGGACCUCGCCGUGAUGCGACUGGCUGCUUUAGAACAGAAUGUGGAGCGGCGGUACCUGCGGGAGCCUCUCUGGCCCGCUCACGAGGUGGUGCUAGAAAAGGCCUUGCUCAGCUCACCCAACGGGACCCCUGAGGGCACCACGACAGAGAUCUCGUACGAAAUCACCCCCCGGGUUCGUGUCUGGCGCCAGACACUGGAGCGCUGCCGGAGCGCGGCCCAGCUGUGCCUGUGUGUGGGCCAGCUGGAGCGGUCCAUCGCCUGGGAAAAGUCUGUCAACAAAGUGACCUGCCUCGUCUGCCGGAAGGGCGACAACGACGAGUUUCUUCUGCUCUGUGACGGGUGUGACCGCGGCUGCCACAUUUACUGCCAUCGGCCCAAGAUGGAGGCUGUCCCCGAGGGGGACUGGUUCUGCGCCAUCUGUUUGGCCCAGCAGGUAGAGGAAGAGCUCACGCAGAAGCCCGGCUUCCCAAAGCGAGGGCACAAGCGGAAAAGCAGUUAUUCACUGAACUUGGCAGAGGCCGAGGGCCGCCGCCGCCGGGUACUGUCCAGGGGCCGAGAGAGCCCGUCAUGCGUACCUCGGUACUCAGAAGAAGGGCUGUCUCCCUCCAAGCGACGGCGACUCUCCAUGCGGAACCACCACAGUGACCUCACGUUCUGCGAGAUUAUCCUGAUGGAGAUGGAGUCCCACGAUGCAGCCUGGCCUUUCCUGGAGCCCGUGAACCCACGGCUGGUGAGCGGCUACCGGCGCAUCAUCAAGAACCCGAUGGAUUUUUCCACCAUGCGGGAGCGGCUGCUCCGGGGAGGGUACACCAGCUCCGAGGAGUUUGCAGCGGAUGCCCUUUUGGUUUUUGACAACUGCCAGACCUUCAACGAGGACGACUCUGAAGUGGGCAAGGCGGGGCACAUCAUGCGCCAGUUCUUCGAGAGCCGCUGGGAGGAGUUUUAUCAGGGAAAACAGGCCAAUCUCUGAGGCGAGGGAGGUGCGGAGUGGCCUUGUGGCUUCUCCCGCACCUUCCAAACAGAACCUGCCAUUCACACCUGCUGAUGCUGCCGGGCGGCUCGAGUCAGAUAGAACCUGAUUCUUGACCCUGCCCUUGGCAGCGCCCACACCCCCUUACCCCGAGACCCCUUUCUCCCUCCUCCUCCUGCUCCUCAAGUAAGAGGCGUGGAGAUGAGGUCCUUCUGGACUGAAAAGCCAAAAAAGAAAGAAAAAAUAAUUUUCCCUUUGUUUUAUUUCCUAAUUAAAAAUGGGGAGGGGAAAAGAAGUCCCUACUUCCUCCUCCCCGUCUCCCGGCCUCCCCGCCCCGCCCUGUCCACGCCCCAGUUACUGGGGUGAUUUAACAAUAGCAAUAGUUCUAGUGAAUGUGUGAAACCGAGAAACACUCUGUACUGUGUGCGGACCUGCAGUGACGGCCAGUAAAGUGGACUUAACCCAGGCGUGUCGCCGACACGGGCCCUGGACAUGCUGCUUCCACGUGCAGACCCUCCCGCCUCGCCCUCUCGGCUUCCCCUCCCAGCUCGGCGUCGUCACAUCGCUCAUCCAAUAAUGUAAAACUCUUGUGUACGGGUUCCUCCCUCCUUUCCCCCCCAAAUCUUUUUCCCCUCAAAGGAAAAAAAUGUAGAAGUCCCCGUUUUUCUCUUGGUCCUCAUCUUCCUGCUGAUAGCUGUCCCAUCUAACGUGGCGGGUGCCCCUCACGCCCGAGUCCCCGCCUUCUCCGAAACUCGGUGGCUGGGGCAGCACCCCGGGCCCGCAGCCUCCUCCCCACUGCUCCCCAACUCCCCUCUCGGGGACUCCUCAGGGACAACUACUGCUGAGUUGGGGUGCAGCUCCGAGACGAGGCCGCUGGCGCUUGACUGGCCCCGGGGCGGCGGCGGUGGGUGGCGUGCGAGCCGGGGCUCUGACCCUGCUUCCGCGGGGUCCGUUCGUUUUCCCCAAGUACCUGCUUUUCCUCCCGCCAUCCCCAUUGUCUCGUCCCAUCGCUUCUGUGUCUUUGGGAAACCGCAGGAACGAUUUCUCUGGGUCGCUUCUGUUCCAGCCUCUAGGAAGCGUGCGGUCUCAGCAGGCGCACUGCCCUCAGGAGCUCGGAGCCCCGCGUUUGCAGGGAGAGAACUGGAGCUUUGCUGCGCCGGGCGGAGGCGCGCUCCUUCCUCUCCCCUGGGCGCGCGGGAGGGGCUCCGGCUGUGCCCGGGUGAAGCCUCGCUCCCGCAGGAGGACUGCUCGCCCGACCCGGCCGUGGCCGGCGCCCCUGCCCCUGCGCGGCGCAGCGCCUCCCGCCAGAGAUUACGGGUACUUGCACUGGGGAGGCGCUGCGCCGCCGAGCGGGCUGAGGCGUCGCGGGCGGGGAUCAUUCCAGUACUGCUGGCGGCGCCCACCAGCACCGGGCGGGGCGGCCCGGCUGCACCCCAGUCCUGUGCGUCCCCUCCCCCAGAGCCUGUUUCUAAAGUCGCCUUUUCUGUCAGAUAAACCUCAAAACUUCUAAUUUUAUUUGAGAUUUUUUUUUUUGCUUUUAAAUAAGAGGUGGAUUGAAGAAUAUUUGAAUUGACUUUAUAUUAUGCAUAAAUAUUUAUAUUUUAUCUAAAUAACUGCGCUGUAACAAACUUUGUGUUAGACAUUCGGAACUGUUCUAGUUGGGCGCUCAUCUUUCUCCCCGCGGCAGUUUUCCCUGCGUGGAAUGUAGAUUAAUUUUCAUCGUGGGAGGUGGGGCGGGCGGGUGAGGUCUCUGUCUGCUGUGCGUUCCCGUCCCAGCUCCCUCUCGAGGGACCAGGCAUUCUGCAGGGGGUUGGGGACAAGAGGGGUGGGGACAGCACGGGCACAGGGGCCGUUUCUCACUUUCCUUCCCCGUCCUCACCGCCCCGAGUCGGGUGGACCCCUCUGUGGGCAGAGUAUUUGUGGGGAAGGCAGACACAAGGCAGCCCCGCCCUCUGCUCCCCUCCCCACCGUCGGGUAACAGCAAGAAAACCACACCGUCAACACCAAGUUCCCAUGUUCCUUUGACAGCAAAAGGGACUGACUUUUUAUAUAACCAAAUGUGGUGUUUUAGUGACUUUUUGAUAAUGUACAGUUUUUUGUGAAUUUAAAUUUAUUUCUUUCUAUAUUUUUAGGACCAAUCUCAUUUUUAAUAAGGUUAAAAAAAAAAAGUCUAGAGAAAAAAGCCUCCUGUUUUUGCCAUGUGAUGUUCCACAAGUGCAGCUGUAGAAAAGUGCUUGUCAGUUGAAUAAAAACCACAUUUGAUAGAGAUUCAAAAA